UAAUCAAAUAUUUGCCGUAGAACGAGAAUCAUUUUAAAUGUCUACCAAUGAAGUGGACGAACAUGUGGCUCUUAGCCCUCUGCUGGACGAUGCGGCAUGGCAGCCGUGGCCGGCUCUGGGGGGGCACUGGAUGAUCAAGUGGACCACUCGGGGGGACGGAUAUAUUCUUGUGAUAACGGACGGCAUAAGAGGCUGGAUUGAAAAUCGUAGCAGCGAAUACGUGGAGGAGAAAGCUCAGGAGUGGGCGGCGUGCGUGGCGGCCGCUGCAGGCGAGGUUGCCGAGCUUGUCUUGCGGGCGCUGCUGAGCGCCGCUGAGGGGGCGGGUGACCACUCAGCACGCGGAUGUCGCGUGGAGGUGACCUGGCAUUCUCAUGAUGAUAUUUUGACCCUGAAGCUUCGGGACCAACUUGACCAGGACAUGCCUUACUGCUGGACUUUCUGCCUUACUGCCUUGCAGCACACGCAGAUGCAGCAUCUGAUGAUCGUGCCGCUGGCAGUUCAGUUACAGCUGCUGCAGGUGCAGCUGCAGCACAAAGACACGCAGCUGCAGCAGCUGAGGCAGCAGCUGUCAGACUUCACACCUGAGGGCACUGCACCUGCGAGGCUGCAGCAGCUGCAGCAAGAAG